AUGUGGCUGCUUCUCCUUUUGUAUCAGCUUGGCCUGCUUCUCCACGGGCAGGCCCAGAAUCCCUGCAACACUCACCCGACGUUCAGGAAGCAAGCCCACUCAGAUAUCACUGUCACCUGUGGGACCGAAACACUGGAGCUGCGUGUUUUAAUGUGCCCUGUGUACUUUGGUGGAUAUAAUGAAUCGAUGUUGGUUCUGAAUGGUGUUCAAGACAAACCGGAAUGCACGGGAACUCCGGACUGGACUUCAGACCCUCCGAUCCUCCUGUUCCGUUUCUCUAUCACCCAUCAGGGUGUCUCUGCCUGUUCCAACAAAAUAAAGACCACACAGGAAGUUGGCACAGGGGUUUUUGCUGACUAUUCCAGUGUGCAGUUUGUAAACAUCUCAGGGACAAUCAACUCUGUGGACCCGCUGGCUCAGAUCAUCACCUACCAAUCCAGCUUGCUUUACCUCUUCUCUUGCCGCUACCCUUUGCAGUAUCUGAUGAACGACACGGAGACCAGAGUAUCAGGAGGCAACAUAGCCAUUAAAGACAACAAUGGAAGCUUCGUUAGUGCUCUAAACAUGCAGCUCUACCAGGACCAAAAAUUUACCAUUCAGCUCCAGAUUCCGCCAACAGGACUCACACUAAAAACCAGAAUUUUUGUGAAGGUUCGGGCCAAGAACCUCACAUCAAGGUUAAAUGUGCUGCUGGACAGAUGCUAUGUCACUACCUCCUCCUCCUUCAUGGAUAGGACAUUCUAUGACCUUUUCAUUGGGUGUAACUGCAAUGGCAGAACUGUAAUUGGGGUCAACGGAGAUGCUCAAGAGGCUUGCUUCUCCUUUGAGGCCUUUCGCUUCAAAGAGCACCAGAACCAGAGUGUCUCCACCUUCUACUUGCACUGCACCUCCAGACUCUGCGACAGAACUGUCUGCAGUUCUCUUCACCAGAACUGCACACAGGCAGCGAGAAAAAAGCGGGAGGAUCAAGGCACAGCGGUGAGCGACAGAGCCACAGUAAGCUCUGGACCAAUCAUCACCAGGGUGGACAGCAGCGACAACGGAGUAACCAACAAGCUCCAAAACAAUGAGGCUGUGCUCACUGUGUCACUGGCUGCUGGACUACUCGGCGUUUUCUGCAUCGCACUGCCGGCUCUUUUCUUCCACAGCGGCAAAUUUACCGACUCACAGAAGCUAUUAAAUGCAUCCUGA